AUGAAUCCGUUUGAGGAGAAACACAAAGAUUUUAAACACAACGAAAAAAUCAACUCAAUCGUUUGUUUCUCACAACAAAAUGUUGGACCAUUUUAUGGUAAAAUAAAAUCUAUUACAUAUCAAAUAAACAAAGUUAAAAUAGAAGUAUGUGUAUUCGAACCUUUACCAUUGGAAUUCAACACCAAAGUCAUAACAUCUAAAGGAAACCUCAUCAAUGAUCGUAAAUUUGAACCAUUGAAAUCGAAAAUAGAGGAAAUGAGUCAAGAAAUGGUGACAUUAUAUGAAGAAACCAAUAGAUCUAUAGAAAUUUCAAUCAACGAUUUGAGAAACAAAGCUAUUAAAUGGGUGCCAAUUAUACCAUUGGAUAAAAGUUUUUUGAUAAUAGAUAGUUAUUCUAAAAGAAUCACAACAUCCGAACACCUUACAAAUUUCACUGUGCUUCAAAAAAUUCAAUAA